CACUCCAUCACCACUACUUAGAGCAUCUGCAAAACUAUCUAUAUAUCCUGUCUUUCAAUUCCUAGAUCUAUUAGAUCAAAGCAUAUCAGAGCAAUGGCAAAUCUUAGUUUGGUUAUUGCGGUGUUGUGCAUGGUGGUGGUUGCGCCCCACGCUGAGGCCGCCAUUAGUUGCGGCACCGUGGCGGGUAGCUUAGGCGGUUGUUUCAAUUACAUCACGGGCAAGGGACAAUUGACCCCAGCCUGCUGCGAUGGCGUUAAGAAACUCGCCGCCGCAGCUAAAACCACCGCCGACCGCCAGACCGCUUGCGGAUGCCUCAAAAAUCUCGCCAGCAAACUCCCCGGACUUAACCCUAACCUCGCCGCCGGCAUCCCUGGAAAAUGCCACGUCAACGUCGGCUACCCCAUCAGCACCUCCACCGACUGCUCCAAGGUUCACUAAAACGGAUGGGAGAGUGCAUGUUUUCUCGGACACGCCAUUACAGCGAACUACGACGACCGGAAUAGUAACAUUAUCAUUAUCAUCAUCAUGAGAAUAAGAUGGGGAUCAUGUCUUUUUGUGAUCCCUGCAGCUAGGGAUCCGAUUUGUACUGUGGGAAACCAGCUUUAAUUUCAACUAUGUUUUUUUUUUAAUGGUCUUUUGUUUGAAGUUUUUAACGUUUUACGUAAGGUUAGUAGUUGCUAUGUCUGGUCUGUACUGUGUCGCAAAUAUGGUGAUCCGUCUGUACUUCACUUCUAUUUAUAAUCUAUAUAUCUAUCAGAUUUAUCCGCUA